AUGAAAUGGCUUGGCGACUUUUACGAGCGGCAGUGGGAGGGCCGCUGGGCCGAGCGGUUCGCGAGAGUUCGGCCAUACCUCCCUCCCAUCAACUUUAUCACACUUCACUAUGCCUACUUCAUCUUGUCCUGCCUCUUCUUCGCCCUCGUCUUUUGGGGGAGCGGGUCAUCAUCCUCGGUCAAGAUCGGCUUCCUCGACAGCCUCUUCCUGAUCAUGUCCGCCCUUACGUCGACCGGGCUCAACACGCAAAACCUCAGCCAGAUGUCGCUCGGGCAGCAGAUUGUGCUCUUCCUCGCCAUGCUGCUCGGGCACCCCAUCCUCGUCUCGCUGUGGACUGUCCUGUUCCGGAGACACGUGUUUGAGAAGCGGUUCCGUGCCAUUGUCAAGAGGGAGAGGGAGAGGAAGCUGAGGGCCGGCUCGUCCAUCUGGCUGUACUCGGGCUUCUCGGACCUCCUCGCGCUGGCUCGGCUGAAGUCGCUGAGCAAGAGCAAGUCCAAGUGCGACGAGGGACAACAGCAACUUCCGGGCCUAGGGAGCCGGAUCCGGGCCGGUCAGUCCUCGACGUCGGAAGUGCCCGGGUCCGAGAGCGGCCGCCCGAGGGAACGAGACGUGGAGGAGGGCCUCGCACCAAUACCGGAGAACCGUCUGUCAAGGAGCCCCGGGGCGAGGAGUGUCGUCUUCGUCGAGCCGCCUCGCCCGCCGCCGGGGAAGGCGGCAGCGCAGGAGAUCAACAGGGACCGGACCGCGGAGGUGCGCAACUUCCUUCAGGAGAAGAGGAAAAACGUGGGCAGGAACGGAGAGUUCUUCAACCUGACGCUCAAGGAACGCGAGUAUCUGGGCGGCGUCGAGUACCGCGCGAUCGAGGUGCUGGUCGUCACGGUCGCGCUGUACUACGUGCUCUGGCAGGUGCUCGGCGCGUUGGCUCUCGGGGCGUGGAUUGCGGCCAACGCGCCCGAGAUCCCGACCGCGAACGGGCAGAACGCCUGGUGGACGGGCAUCUUCCUGGCCGUGUCGGCCUUCAGCAACACGGGCCUGUCGCUGCUGGACGCGGGCAUGACGGCCUUCCAGUCGGGCUACUACUUUGUCGUGCUCGUCGGCGCCGUGCUCAUGCUCGUCGGCAGCCAGGCCUCGCCCAUCUUCCUGCGCUUCAUCAUCUGGGUGUGCUCGCGCCUGCUCAGGCUCGCGACCGACAGCCCCAACUACGAGGUGUGGAAGGAGACGUUCGAAUUCAUCCUGCACUACCCCCGGCGCGUCUACAUCAACAUGUUCCCCGCGCGCCCGACUUGGAUGCUGGGCCUGUGGCUGGGCGCGUUCCUGAUCGUCGAUUGGAUCAUGUUCUUCCUGCUCAACAUUGGAAACAAGGCGCUCGACAAGAUCCCGCCGGGGCCGCGGGUCGUGGACGGCCUCUUCCAGUCGGUGUCCAUCUUGUCCACCGGCUUCUCUAUCGUCUCUGUGUCCGCCGUCUACUUCGGCCUACAGGUUCUGUGGCUGAUCAAGAUGUAUGCAUCGGCCUAUCCGACCUCGAUCACCGUGCGCGGCUCCAACGUCUACGAGGAGCGGUCGCUGGGAAUCUAUGCCGGAGACGAGCCCGAAAUGCCACACGACGACAAGGGCAUGAAGGAGAAGGAAGGGCAACAACCCCUAUCCCCCACCUCCGUCAGCUCCCAGGCGUCCCGGCUCUCGCGGUUGUCGGUCGCCUCGCGGGGGGGAAUCGACAAGAUCGUCGAUAUCGGCCGCGAAGGCGGUCAGUUCAUCAGCCGGCAGCUGCAGCGGCGCAUGACGGGGUUCCAAGGCGUCGGGGUCCCCCCCGGGCCACUGCCACGGCGGCCGAACAAGAGACCCAAAACCGGCGCCCUGGCCAGCGCGCAACCGACCCCCUACAUCCAAACCAGCGGCGGCGGCGGCGGCAGCACUAAGGAUGCGGCGGGGCGGGGGCCGGACUUGAUGGCGCACCACGUGCGCAGCCAGCUGUCGCACGACGUGUGGUGGGUGGCGCUGGCGUUCUUCCUGGUGACGGUGAUGGAGACGUCGCACACGCUGGCGGACCCGGCGGCGUUCAGCCUGUUCAACAUCCUGUUCGAGGUGGUGUCGGCGUACGCCAACAACGGCAUCAGCACGGGCCUGCCGGCCGCGUCGUACUCCUUCAGCGGCGGCUGGCACGCCGGCAGCAAGCUGGUCCUGAUCCUCGUCAUGCUCCGCGGCCGCCACCGCGACCUGCCCGUCGCCCUCGACCGCGCCGUCAAGCUGCCCAGCAUGGACCUCGACGACAAGGAGGAGGACGACGCCGAGAUCCGCCGCUUCAUCAGCCGCACCGCCGCCACCCCCUACAUGGCCGGCGGCGAGCAGAGCAGUCCGCAGGCCCGCUCGCCCGGCCGCAGUGUCAUCAGACCCUUUGCGCCGGUAUAA